AUAUAACAAACGUUUUGAAAACACAGUCACGAUGAGCAUCAUAUACCAUCGAGUUCUUGCCAAAGAUUGGACGGAUAUAAACUAACACCUUAUUUGUUUGCAGCUGACUCGAUGUCUGGGUUUGAGUCAACCUCGCCGAGUCAGCAAUCAGACUGCUUGUUUUAUUUAAACAUCACUGUGACCAACUAAACCAACGGAAUAAGCACCAUGGUCAUAUAAACAAUUGAGUUCCCCAUACCUGAUGCUAUUCGGAGAAACAAGGAAGGAAAGAGUUCCCUUUAAAUUCUUUAUCUACAUUAUCCUCUCAGAUCGGACAAAUCAAUCAAACAGUGAAAAAUCUUCUCCAUCUCAGUGUAGAGUAAUGUCACAUUUUUAAUUAAUUAAUUAAAUGGAAAAUGAUUUAUAUGGCUAUGAAGCCGUCCACGUGUCCAGUUUAGACUCGUCACCUAUCUAGAUUGGAUGGAUACAAGGCUGCUCAUUUAUACUCGGAGAAAUUGAAUUAUCACAAACUCAAGUUUCUACAAAAUUGAAAAAAAAUAGAAGAAGAAAAAUCAAUGGGGAUUCAAGUUGAAACCAGAAGAUCAGCAGGAGGUGGAAAUUGGAGUAUGAACACCAAACUGUGUGAUUCAUGUAAAUCAGCAACAGCUUUGUUGUUCUGCAGAGCAGAUUCAGCUUUUUUAUGUAUGACUUGUGAUUCAAACAUUCAUUCAGCUAAUAAACUAGCAUCAAGGCACGAAAGAGUAUGGAUGUGUGAGGUUUGUGAAUCAGCUCCAGCUUCUGUUACUUGUAAAGCUGAUGCGGCUUCACUCUGUGUGACUUGUGAUGCAGAUAUUCAUUCAGCUAAUCCAUUAGCACGUCGUCACGAACGUGUUCCGGUGGUUCCGUUUUUCGAAUCGGCUAUUUCAGCGGCAGCUUCGGCGGGUAAUAAUAAAAUUAGUUCUGAUUUGAACUUCUUGCUUGUUCCUGAUCAUUUUGUUAAGGGACAACCGAAUGAAGUUGUUGAAGAAGAUGAAGAUGAUGUUGUUGAUGUCAAGACUAAUAUUCAUCAUAAGGCUGAUGAUGGUGAUGCUUCUUGGUUGUUCCAGAACCCUCCGUCGUCUAAGUUAGGUGUGGUGGUGGAAGCUGUACCAGAUCUGAUGUUGAAAUCUGGAAUUGGAGUUGGAGGAGUUGAUUAUUUGUUCUCUGAUGUUGAUUCGUAUCUUGAUCUUGAUUACCCUGAUAUCGGUGGAGAGAAACAGUUUCAGAAUCAAAAUGGUUCUGCUGGUUCUGAUUCUGUUGUUCCUGUGGCUACUAAUCCGAUUCAGAAUCAUCCUGCUGCCUCGUUCAAUUGUUCAGAGAAUCAUUGCUAUGAGUUCGAUUUCUCUAAACCUAAACCUGCUUACAGCUUCAGCACUCAAUCUGUUAGUCACAGUGUAUCGUCAUCUGAAGUCGGAGUUGUGCCGGAUUCUUCAAACUGCAACUCAAUGACAGACAUAUCAAACCCAUUUUCUAGGAAAAACGGUAUGAUUAUCGACCAUCAUCAUGGUGUUAUGUCUACUAGUAAUGGAAUGAUUGAUACAAAUACUGUUAGUAAUGGAGUUGAAAAUGCAGUAGUUGUAACUCAAUUAACUGGUUUAGAUCGAGAAGCUAGAGUUUUAAGAUACAGAGAGAAACGAAAGAACCGUAAAUUUGAGAAAACAAUCCGAUAUGCAUCGAGAAAAGCGUAUGCCGAAACAAGACCAAGAAUUAAAGGUAGGUUUGCGAAACGAACUGAAACUGAGAUCGAAGCUGAUAAUCAAAUGGAAAGAAUGUAUCAUUCUAAUAAUCCUUCUUCGGGGGGUUUUGUGAUUGAUUCUGGUUAUGGUAUUGUUCCUUCAUUUUAAUUUUAAAGCAUGUAAUAAUAAUUACUACUUCUAAUUAAUUAAGUACGUUAAUCCUUAAUUGCUGCUUAUCUUAUCUUUCUUGUUGCUGAUUAAGGUUAAGUAUCAGAGCUGAACUGAUUAAUGCUCUCUUUAUAUAUUAUGCAGUUUGUAUUAUUAAAUGUUUGAUGUUUUGAUC